AUGGGAACCUCCCCGGAUUCCCGACCGGAAAAUCCUAAGAAAGGUGACGACGUUGUGAUGGGCUAUCCCAACCAAUCACAACAAAUGUACCCCUCUCCCCCUCCCCAACCCACCGAACCACCACCACCACCCCCAUCCUCUACAACAACAUACCCACAAUACCCAAACCCAUACCAACCCUACCCCUACCAACCUUACCCCUACUCCCAGCCCCCCUACAAUGAUUACUACUACCAGCAAUAUUGUCGGCAGGAAUCCGAGAGCAGCGCCAACUUGGGGCGUAUCCUCCUCAUCCUCAUGCUCCUGCUUGUCUCUUCCAUUCUCACCAUGACCCUCAUCAUGUGGUUCCUCUUUGGUGCCUCUGUCCCUGAAUUCUCCAUCGCUUCCAUCAUCGUCUCCAACUUCUCCGCCACUCCGACCUCCUUUUCCGGCAUCUGGUCCGUCUCCCUCUCCGUCUCCAACGUCAACAUGGAGCUGGACGUUCGCUUCGACCGCGGCGUCUCCACCAUCAUCUACAAGGACUCCAUGUUGGGCGUGGCCCCCAUGGAACCCUUUGAGGUCAAGAAAUCGCAGCAACUGGGCCUCAACCUCACCGUUCCUUCGCUAAGGGACCAAAGCUGGGUCCCGCCCACGCUGGCAGCCGAUCGGAGUAGUGGCGUGGUGGUGGUUAGCCUGAGGCUGGCGGUGGACACAAAUUUCACGGCGCCAGAUGUGGUGUACAGGCAGCAGAGGCUGAGGGUUCUGUGCGAGGAUCUGCCCAUUAGCUUCGCGUCGACGAGCGGUGAGGGAACGUUGGGCCCUAACUUCGGGAACCACUGUUUCAUCCGCCUCCGCGAUUAA